AAAAGGUGAGCUAAAAAAAAGCAAAAAAAAAAAAAAAGAAAAAGAAAAGAAGAAGAGAAAAAAAAGUAAGCAGAUAAAAGAAUUACUUAGAUAAUUUGAAGAGAAUUUGAUGGCCAGAGAGUUUUGAUUGAUUUGUUUCUAAAAAUAUCUGAAUGUCGAUAUAACUUUUUAUUGUUUUCUUGAAAGGAGAAAAUUAGAGUGACAAUGUCUGUCAGUUGUCACUUUUGUGUAGGAAUUGAAAAGUAUGAGAUAUUUAUUUUGCAUUUGAGGAAUUAAACGAGCUCUCUUUUCUUUCCUUUCAUUUUAUCAUUUUCACUUUCACAACACCGAAAAGGCCAAAAGGCAAAAAGAAAUCUACUUUAUUGCACUGCUUCAUUCUGUGUAUGGAAGGAAUAGGGGAGGAAGUGAUUGCAAAUGAUAGAGCUGGGAAUGCAGAGCUCCAAGGAAAAGGCUGUGAGGUUUCUCUGAAAUUAGAAGACCGUGAUGUAUUGGAUUCACAUAUCAUGUGUGCAUCAUUGAGGAGCGUUUGGCCGCCAGAGAGCUCAAUCAAUGAUUAUAUUGAUUCCAGAAGACUGGUAAAUAAUGUUUUCAGUAGAUGUGUACUUCCUUUGGUGGGAUCUGAACCUCCCCAGAUCAGCCCAUGUUCUAUAAAUGAUGUGGGAAAUGUGGUUGAGCUGACAGUGGGAAAUUAUAGGACACCUAAUCUUGCCUUAGUCAGCAGAACUGUCAACUUUCAGGGAGGUAAAUGGCAGCAUCAUGUAUCUGAGAUGCCUACUGGAUUUAAAUACAAGGCUUUGGAGGGUACUCAUGAUACCAAAGAAAUUUCUGCAUGUUUAAGGACUAGUGACAAAAUAAUUGUAUCAAGCUGCACAUUGCCUGAUGGGGAUUUAGCAACUUCUAGCUCUUCUCAGCGAGAGGCAAUAAAUAAACUCUUGAAGGGGAAGGGGAAGGGGGCAGUGGGAAAAUAUGGAGAUGCUCUUCCUGUUUUUAACAGUGCAGUUCUGGGGCAUCGUGAUGGAAAACUGGGUUAUGCAAGGAAGGUUGCUUCUGAUGCAUUGAUGAGAGCAAGUGCCAAAAGAAAUCAGAUUUCGUCCCAUAGAAUAGCUGGGUGUGGUCCUGAAUCAUUAAAUCAGGGGAUCAUCUUGAGUGACUGGUUGAAACCUGUGUGUCGUAGAAGGGAUAAAGCUCAAUCCCUGCUUAUAUUUAGGCAUAUUGUGGAGCUGGUGGAUUUAGCACACUCUCAAGGAGUUGCAUUGCAAGACUUACGGCCAUCAUGUUUUAAUAUAUUGCCGUCUAAUAGAAUUGUGUACACUGGUUCAACUGUCAAGAGAGAAUCAGAUACAAAUGUACGCCAUGAUUUAGUUAAGAAAAGGCCAAUGGAACAAGAUGCAAACAUCUGUGAUACUGUAAAUGCAAAACAACGGAAACUCAACAAAGGUGUGAAGUCUAUUGGGUCAGAAUCUCAGUUUGCUUCUAGUUAUGGCUUCAGGACUAUGGCAAUGAAUGAGAAUAACUUUCGUGCAAAUGGUGCACAAGAUUCUGGGCAUGUUGAACUUCAGUUUCAAAGUAUGAAAACAAGGCAGCGCUCGCUCUCUUUAACUGUUCAAUUGGAGGAGAAAUGGUAUAAAGGUCCGGAGCAGCUUAAUGAAGGAAGUGAAACAUUUUCAUCAAAUAUCUAUAGCCUUGGGGUUCUUCUUUUUGAGUUGCUCAGCUGGUUUGAAUCACAUGAGAUGCGUUCUAUUGUCAUGUCGGAUUUGUGCCGUAGGAUUCUACCAUCAAAUUUUCUUUCAGAAAAUCCGAAGGAAGCUGGCUUUUGCGUUUGGUUUCUUCAUCCUGAACCUUCAUCUCGUCCAACUGCAAGGAAAAUCCUGGAAUCUGAAUUAUUAUGUUCAUCCCAAAAAUCAUGUUCUGGGAGUGAUGCAUCAGCAUGUGCUGACAAUACUGAUGCUGAAUCAGAGGUCUUGCAUCAUUUUCUCAAUCUCAUGAAAGAUCAAAAGCAGACACGCGUCUCCAAGUUAAUUGAAGAUAUUGAAUGUUUGGAAGAAGAUAUUAAGGAGGUUGAGAAAAGGCAUUUUUCGAGGAUUUGCUCAGUUUUUCCUGAGACAGAAGAGGCAUUUCCUGAUGCAAGAGAACAGAAAUUGGGGCUUGGUACAAGUCCAGUUGCUAUUUCCAGGUCAUCUUCUGUGUCCAAUACGGACGAGGUAAGGUUGAUGAGAAAUAUUAACCAGAUUGGCAAUGCCUACUUCUCCAUGAGAUCCCAAGUCUGUUUGACACCUGCUCAAUCCCGCUCAGAUAAAGAUUUUCUCAAGAAUCGAGAAAGAUGGUCUGCAGUCCAUAAUGAUAAUGAAGAAUUAAACAUGACUCAGAAGUCUGAAGAUCCUCUUGGAGCCUUUUUUGAAGGCUUUUGCAAGUUCGCUAGAUAUAGUAAAUUUGAAGUGUGUGGAUCACUGAAAAAUAGGGAUCUACUGAGCUCUACAAAUGUACUCUGCUCUUUAAGUUUUGACCGUGAUGAGGAAUACAUUGCUGCUGCUGGGAUCUCAAAGAAGAUCAAGGUUUUUGAGUUUGCCACACUUUUAAAUGAUUCCAUUGAUAUCCACUAUCCUGUAGUCGAGAUGUCAAACAAAUCUAAGCUUAGCUGUCUCUCAUGGAAUAACUACAUCAAGAACUACUUAGCUUCGACCGACUAUGAUGGUGUAAUUCAGAUGUGGGAUGCUGGCACUGGUCAAGGAUUAUCUCAAUAUACAGAGCACCAAAAGAGAGCCUGGUCUGUAGACUUUUCACUUGCCGAUCCUACGAUGUUUGCUAGUGGAAGUGAUGAUUGUUCUGUGAAAUUGUGGAGCAUUAAUGAGAGAGGUUCUUUAGGUACGAUUUGGAAUCCAGCGAAUAUAUGCUGUGUUCAGUUCUCUGCCUCCUCUACUCAUUUGCUGGCAUUUGGAUCUGCUGACUAUAAAAUCUACUGCUAUGAUCUUCGCCAUACUAGGCUUCCUUGGUGCACUUUAUCUGGCCAUGAAAAAGCUGUAAGCUAUGUGAAAUUUUUAGAUUCAGAGACCAUAGUUUCUGCAUCCACAGACAAUACUCUAAGGCUUUGGGAUCUGAAGAAGACUAGCUCAACUGGAUUGUCCUCUAGUGCCUGUCCGUUGACAUUUGGUGGUCAUACCAACGAGAAGAAUUUUGUAGGUUUAUCAACUCUUGAUGGAUAUAUAGCGUGUGGAUCAGAAACUAACGAGGUUUACUGCUACUACCGAUCUCUGCCUAUGCCAAUCACUUCUUACAAAUUUGGAUAUGUUGAUCCUUUUUCCGGAAACAAGAUGGUUGAUGAUAGCGGCCAGUUUGUUUCUAGUGUAUGUUGGAGACAGAAGUCUAACAUGGUUGUAGCUGCCAAUUCGAUGGGAAAUAUGCAAGUAUUAAAUAUGGUUUGAGUUGUGAUGAGACAUUUAUCAUGGAAGCACAAAUAUUCCUUAAGCAACAGCUAUUUGGGUUCCAGUUGGAAUCUGUUUCUUGUGUAUCGAAGGAGAAAAAUUGAGUCUGACCUUGCAUAGUUUAAACACUCAGAAAAUGCAAGCUAUUCUUAAGCUCAUUGACUUGUUGAGGAAAUAUCGGUGCUGAUGUGCUUGCGGCCAGGUAUCAAUUAACAUGGUUCUUCCAACAGCUGCACUUCAUGGCAUGAACUACUGGUUUUGUAUUUAGUUCUACUAUUGAGUCUAUGAAGAUCAAAAAUCAAAGCCAGCUAUCUAUUCAACUGUUAGAAGACGUGCGUGCAGGCAACGUUUAUCCAUCUUCCAGCAAGAGCUUACACAAGUUGAUCACAGAAGCAGGAUUAGGAGUGUGAGUUUACAAGAUAAGCUAUGUUCUGUUAAAGCAAAGACUUUGUAUAGAGUACCUAUUCACCCAACAAAAUCAGUUAUUAAACUAAUAAGUGAAGAGGACAAUAAAUGCUUGGAACCGAACGCCUAAAACAAGCUUAUCAUUAUGAAUUGCUUGCUCCUCGUAACUGUACAUUUUCCCCGCGGAGUUGUGCAGUCAAUUAAUUUUGAGUAAUACCAGAGGAAUUGUUUCUGAAAUGAAUGUAUGAGCCUUUCCCUUUA